AUGACUGAGAAUCAAUCCCCCAAGUUGGAGGUUUCGAAAGUUAGCUAUGCUAUCAAAGAACCAACCCCACCUUUUGUCAAUGGCUCUGAAAACGAUGCUGAUAAACAUGGCACCGAGGGAACAUCUCCACACCGUUCCCGUAAGAGCCAGAAUUCCUUCGUACCCAGCAGGACAGCGGGUAAUUCGGUGCUGAUCAGCCAUUUAGAAAAUCGGCCGGAUAUGUCCUUUGAUAAGAGCUAUGAUGACCCACCACAUGAAGAGCCCAUUCUAGAUGGCGGCUCUGGCGUGUCCCCAGCCAGGAAACAUCAAUUGAGAAAACGCGUGCCCGGGUCAGCCGAGCUUGGUGAAAAGGCCCAAAGUGCGCUUUCAUUACUACUACUGGAUCCUGAUCCGACCCAAUCCGGCGAGGGGAACUCAUCCCCAGAUGCUUCAUACAGCCCUUCCAAGAAGAAGUCCCUCGAACAUCCCCCGUUUGGCGACGCCGUUAAACAAGAACCGGAGUCUCCCCAAACUUCCCAAGCAUUACCAAAUUUCGUCUCGAAGAAAUCACCUUUGACCAAGUUUAUCAUACCCGCUUCUGAGGCUCCAAGACAGGAUUUACUGCCCGCUCUACAUUCACCAGAUAACCACCAUACACUACCCUCUCUUCAGACGGCACUAGGUUUUCCUGGUGUGUCGAAGGAUCCUGCUGGACGUCCAAAUGGGUCAUCCCCGUACCAUCUUCCCCCUGGUACAGCCACAUCACCACCAGUCCUACGGAGUGAACUGGCUUGGGACCCGCAGCGCCCAGGGCAUUUUGGCCCUCAAGUUCCUCCCAGUCCGUACUCGCACUGGUCCCCUGCGAGUACAAAAGAUCUAUCGACUGUGUCCUCACCCGCAUCGCAGAGCUCCUAUUGGCGGCCUCCCAAACAGGACAAACCCUACCUUAAUUCCCCCUAUGACGCGCCAUACUCGGUAGCCAAGAGCCCGGCGACUAAUUAUCCAACGCCCACGGAUCAGACUCCAGCUAGCACUUGCGAGCGGGUACCACUCAAUCCACCUCCGCAGCCCAAUGGGGCUGUGUCGGCUGGCGCUUACAAGUGCCAUUAUCCGGGGUGCACUGCUCCUCCCUUUCAAACGCAAUAUUUGUUAAAGUGA